CGACGCGACGUCAAGCCAUGCCGGUGGUCGCGGCCUGCUGUGUGGUCGUGCUCUGCUGCCUACACGCCGGCCACGCUCUCCCGGACGGGACGGAGUCUUUUCCGCCAGCCAGGACGGCGCGGAGGGGCGCUGUGUCGCAGAUGGUGAACGCCGUGGUGGACGUGGCGCUGGGGACCAGCGCCGCGGCGGCGCAGCCCUCCUCCGACCCUGCCACCGGUCGCGGCCUGAGGAAAAGGCUGCUCGCCACCUGGCUGAGGACUGCGGGGAAGGAAAUGGCGGAGAAGACUUAUGAGAAGAUGCUAAAAAUGUCUCUGAGGGAGUUGAUCGAUCUGAUAAAGAAGCACUUCAGGAGCCUGCGUCGGUCCGGCCAGAUGUCGCGGUCUGCGUACCUACCUGAUGCAGCCGAGAUGCACAGCCUCGGUAUCGCCACUGACCGCUGAUCUGGAGGGUUCACUCCAGGACCGACGAAGCAUCGCCGUCCGUAGCGCCACCGUCUACAAUGUUUACUAAGAUCGACUUUGGAGACAAUGCCAGCUCUCUCAGAAUAAUCAUAUCUAUCAUCUGGACAACUGAAAGCGUUAUGAGUCCUUAGUAACAACAGCUACCAUUAUAUUGUCUACCAAAAGCUAUUUUGAAUACAUCACCAAGUACGUAUUUGAGAUACUACUCCCUCCGUUGGCACCACUGCAAUCGUCAUCGCCACCAGACACCGGUUUGGAAGUGCUGUAGGCACGGAACGCUGUUUGAGUAGUGCUUCAAUAUCGUACGUCACAGUUAAACUACAAUCACAGACUCAGAUAGUGUCGUAUUUCUACUGAUGAUCGUACACUUCUGUGGUUCUUUCCUUACAGAAUUAUUACUUUAAUCAUUGCACAGCCUUACUCCAGAUAAUUUAACAGGGCUCUACCGUCUGUAUGUCGAACAACGAAUGGGCGGAAUACACUGAAUAGAACAAUGUAACCCUUUCCGCAAUAGUGAUUACAUCGAAUGCAAAUUAAAAUAUC